AUGGAAAUGUUGGAUCUCUCAAAAAAUCAAUUGGCGGGGGAGAUCCCUAGUUGGAUUUGGGGAACACAACUUGAGUAUUUGAACCUCUCAUUUAAUCGUCUGACAGAUGUGCAAAAGCCUUACCGUAUGUCUGCUUCUCUUAUAGAGUUAUAUUUGCACUCUAACCAGCUUAGGGGCGAAUUGCACUUGCCCAUUCCACUUCCUUCUAAACUCUCGUACUUGUCUAUUGCUAAUAACAGUUUAAGUGGAUCAAUUCCAACCUCCCUCUGCAAUGCCAUACACCUCGAAGUUCUUGACUUGUCUAAAAACAAACUUAGUGGUGGCAUACCCCCUUGCGUACUUCAAAACAUUACCAUAUUCCAGAUGGGGCAGAACAACCUCAGCGGCAUUAUUCUAGACAAUUUUUCUGUAGAUUGUAAGCUAAUACAUUUCAAUCUUAACAAUAAUACUUUAGAAGGAAGGAUCCCAAGUGAUGAGUGCUGCAAGUGGCCCGGUGUGGAAUGUGAUGCUUCUGGCUACGUCAUCAGUUUGCAGCUCCAUGAGGAGGCCAUAUCUGGUGGAAUUGGGGAAUCGACGAGUCUCUUCAAAUUUAAAUAUAUGCGGGAGCUUAACCUCGCCUACAUUGACAUGAGCUACUACACUAAUCGCAUUCCAAAAGGUAUUGUCAAUCGGACCUAUAUGACACACUUGGAUUUGUCAUAUGCUAGUUUUGGUGGGCAGAUUCCUUCUGAAAUUUUAUCCUUAAAGAGAUUGGCUUAUCUCGACACCUCCGGCUUCCCUAAAACAUUAGUUCUUGAGAAGCCAAAUUUAGAGAUGCUUGUCCAAAAUCUAACGGGGCUUAGAGAGCUCUAUCUUGACGGUGUCAACAUCACUUCCUCUGACGAAAGGAGAAAAUGGAGCCACAUUAUAUCAUCACAUCUACCCAACCUCACCUCUUUAGGAUUGUCUUCUUGUGAUCUACUUGGCCCUCUGGCGAAGUCGUUCGCGCAACUCCAUUCCCUCUCGUUUCUUGAACUAUCCUUCAACGAUCUUUCAGCAGUAGCAGUUCUGGACUAG